AUGGACCAAAACGUAGUUCCAAACGAAGCAAGACCGGGAGAAAAUUCCGGAUUACGGGAAACGACAGCGAAUCCAGUCGAAUAUGGCGCAACACACGCCGUCAAUGUGAACGAGCAAGCGGCGAAUUCAGGAAGCCCACAAAUAAAAGAUUCGGAAUUGAGUUAUGGAGCAUCACAUGUCAUUAACCUUUUUCUUCCUGUCACAGUUUGUAUGGCGUUUGUGGUAUUUACGAUGAACACUGUGGACUUUUACAACAAAAAUGACGGGAGGCAUUUAUUAUACACACCUUUUGUGAAAGACACAGACGAUAUUGGGGAAAUUGCGUUGAUGUCGCUUGGAAACGCUCUCGUAAUGCUAUGUGUCGUCGUUGUUAUGACAGUGCUUCUUAUUAUUUUAUACAAGUAUCGAUGCUAUAAGAUAAUACAUGGAUGGCUGAUAAUGAGCAGUUUUCUUCUUUUGUUCUUGUUCAGCGCGAUAUAUGUGCAAGAAGUUUUGAAAGCGUUCAAUAUAACACUAUCAAAUAUUACUGUUCUAUUUCUGCUGGCAAAUUACGGUAUUCUUGGAAUGAUGUGCAUUCACUGGAAAGGCCCUCUCCGUCUACAACAAGCCUAUCUUAUCACCAUGUCUGCACUGAUGGCAUUAGUGUUUAUUAAAUACUUGCCUGAAUGGACUGUCUGGUGUGUCUUGUUCAUUAUUUCCGUCUGGGACUUAGUGGCCGUUCUGUCUCCAAAGGGACCUCUACGCUAUCUUGUCGAGACAGCUCAGGAGAGGAAUGAGCCGAUAUUCCCAGCACUCAUCUAUUCAUCGGGAAUGUUGUACCCGUACACGUUGUUCACCAUGGUGUCUGCAGUCAAUGAAGUUCCCAAAACGAAUGAAGACCCCAACCCGAAUGAAGGACAAAGCUCGAAUGAAGGUCUCAACCCAAAUGGAGGUGUAAAACUCGGUCUAGGCGACUUUAUAUUUUACUCGGUUCUGCUUGGAAAAGCUUCAUCAUAUUUCGAUUGGAAUACAACUCUUGCUUGCUACAUUGCUAUACUAAUCGGACUUUGUUUUACUCUUUUGCUGUUGGCCGUCUUCAAACGCGCUCUUCCAGCGUUGCCAAUUUCCAUAUUUUUCGGGCUUAUCUUUUAUUUCUGCACGCGUUGGAUAAUCACACCAUUUGUCACAGAACGAAAAUUGAGCAAUCAAAAGUCAUUAGCAAAGAAAAAGUACUUUGAUUUGAACGAAUUUAUCAAAAAGGUCGACGUUUCUUAUGUAACCGGUAAAAACAUGAAUAAGAAUAUAACAGUAACUGCAACUUAUAUAGACUCAGGAAUUAAUGAGAAUACGAGGGCUACAAUUAUUGGUAUGGGAGGUUCACCAGGAUCACACAAUGAUUUCAAAUACAUGAAGGAAAUUUGCGAGAAGAGGAAUAUUCGGCUGCUUUGUAUCAAUUGGCCGGGAUCGGAGUUUGUUGAAGGUGGUAUCGAAGACAGCUACACGAAUCCAGAAAGAAACUCGUUUGCCACCGCUUUUUUGGAUAAAUUGAAUGUCAAGCAUUGCAACCGAUUGAUUCUUAUGGGGCAUUCACGAGGAUGUGAGAAUGCCCUUCAAUUAGCUGCCAUUCUCUCAAAAGAAAAAUGGCCAAUAUUUGGAACAGUUUUACUGAAUUCACCUGGGCUUGAAUCGCACAAAGGUGUUCGCACAAGAAUUGGAGUAAUUAAUUCUGCGGCAUAUCUUGUAAAAUUGAACAACCCGAUUAUGAACAUGAUCCUUCACCCCUUACUAAACUUCUUUUAUAAUAAUAUGGUUGGACUGAGGGUUCCAAAUGGGGCUGUUGCUGCUGCUGCAAUUCUGCCGCUCACCACAUUCUAUUUUGAUCGACAAACUGAGUAUAUUGAGAAAAUAAUCAAGGACACCGAGAUCAAAGCUUUCUAUGGUUAUGGCGCGAAAGAUUUUCUCAUCGAAGAGCAUAUUUCUGAGAAUCUUGCAAAAGCAUUUCGAGGAGCCGAACAUUAUGUGAUACACAACAAAAAUGAUGCCGCGAAAGCGCUUGAACAAGCGAGACAUCACCUGAUUAAUGGCAAACGUUUUGUGACGGCAAACUUCACUCAGGAGGGCCACUUUUUGCAAAAAUCGUACCCGGAGUUUGCCAUCGAAUUGUUAGAUGCUAUGAUAACUUCAGAUGAAUUAAAGUCAACAAAUUAG